GUACCGUUGCUCUCCCAAUAGUGCGAAGAAAACCACGACGGUUCCUAAACACAGUAACAUAGCAGAUACAGAUACAGAAUACGGCAUUAUGGGUUUUUGUUCGUAUCAAUCAUUAUGUGUUGGUCUCCUACUGUUUGUAAUAUUUGCUCAUCACGUGACGACUGAACACAAAAACAAGAUUCAAUCAGCAAAGAAAUUCUCUCAACUAUCAGGGUAUGUAGCAGAUAAUACUACGUUGUCUAUCUUACAACCAUGGCAACAGUUUUGUAAGGAAAUAGAUUUACCAAUACAAGACAAACCUGGUGAAUACUAUACCGAGAUUAUUUGUAAAGUCAACAACAAUGUUUUAAACUUUCUCGAUUUUCGACGCUUUACAUCCAGAAUUAAAGAAGAUACGUUAUUUUCCGUUGACAUAACGUGUGGCCAUAAUGGAAGCGUUUUCUUUCCAUACCCGGGCCGAGCACGUCUCCUCCAUUCAUUACGAAUAUCAGGCUGUAUUUUGAAUGGAUUUACAUCCGAAGCCACAUCUGAUGAUAUUGAUACAAUACCUGAUAGUAUGAAAUAUUUCACUUUGGUCAAUUCAGUGAUAUAUAUGACUCAAAAUGAUUUUCAACAGUUUCAAGGAGCAAAACAUUUGACUAAGUCUUUUCAAUGCGGUAAUGUAAACGCUAUUAAAAUAAUUGAAAACAGUAUAUCUUGCUGGAUUGGUAAUGAGAGUAAACGUUCAAGAUUAGAAACUUUUCAAGUGCGACCUAAUUUCCGUGAACGCACCUGCACCUAUAAAUAUCUUCGACAUUUGCAGAAAAGUUUUUCAAUAAUUCAACCAUUCACUAGACAGAUUGAUAAAUCUAUGUAUCCUAAUAUUGAAAUCCUCAACUUUAGUGCAGCUAAUGUGAUUGAAACACCAAAACAUUUACAGGAAUGGAGGCUAGGAGCAAAGGAUUUGAAAUAUCUAGAUCUCAGUCACAACCUAAUAGAAGGUGUUUUUCCUAUCAUAUGUUAUGAUAAAUACAAAGGUGAUAGCCCUGAAGGAUUUGUAGAUUUACGCUAUAAUAACAUAUCAUCACUCACACAAUACGUAAUAAGAACAUGGUUACGUGAUAUAUGUCAUAAACUAACAGUUGAUAUACGAAAUAAUCCGUUUAUGUGUGAUUGCGGUGUAAAGAACUUUCAAAACAUUUUCCAAUAUAUAGACAAUCAAAUGGCAUCAUCAUAUUAUGAUGUGAGAGAAAAUAAUUUCUCUCGUUAUACAUAUCUGUAUGAUCUUAAAUGCUACAAUCCACCUUCACUGCGGGGGAGAAAAAUUUCUAAAUUAUCACUUAGUGAAAUCGGAUGCAAGCCUAAAUUACAAACAGUAACAACUGUUCCAUCAGGGCUUAUUAUAGUAGUGAUGCUUGUUAGUUUUUUUCUUUGUGUGUGUCUUUUUGUUGGUAUCAGAUAUAGAGAACAAAUUGCUGUAAGUUGUAGUAAGUGGCUUAGUUCUUACUGUCGACCAUGUUAUAAUUUCACGGUUUCUAAGAAUGACAAUGUGAAUGCAAUUAACUAUACUGAUAUGACUUUUUAAAUGUUUAUGUAAAUGAUUGGAGCCCUGAGCUUUCAACCCUACGUCACAAUCACAUCAGUAAAUGAUUGGAGACCUGAGCUUUCCACCCAACGUCACAAUCACAUCAGUAAAUGAUUGGAGCCCUGAGCUUUCCACCCUACUCCACAAUCACAUCAGUAAAUGAUUGGAGCCCUGAGCUUUCCACCCUACGUCACAAUCACAUCAGUAAAUGAUAGGAGCCCUGAGCUUUUCACCCUACUUCACAAUCACAUCAGUAAAUGAUUGGAGCCCUGAGCUUUCCAUCCUACGUCACAAUCACAUCAGUAAAUGAUUGGAGCCCUGAGCUUUCCACCCUACGUCACAAUCACAUCAGUUAAUGUAUUAAUAAAACCAUCGAUAUUUA